CGCACCGCGGAAGUGUUGAGUAUUGCGGCAAUGGCGCAGAUGUACGUCAGUAGCGGUUGAUUUGCCGCAAGCACCGAGUCCGAUGGCGGAGAACGUGGAGAAGUACUCGGUACUGAUUGACUUGACUGCCGGCACUGUCGGCGGCAUCGCGGGUGUUGUCGUUGGACAACCGUUCGACACUGUGAGUCUGAAUCUACAGUUUGGCCUCCACUUUCUUGAGUGACGUCGUGUAUCAUCAUCUGCAGGUUAAAGUGCGGUUGCAGACGUACAGCAAGUACUACAAUGGUGCAUUCGACUGUGCUCGCCAGACUAUGAAGCAUGAGGGUUUUUCGGGCUUCUUCAAGGGCAUGACGUCGCCCGUGGUUGGUAGCGCGGCUACCAAUGCCGUCAUGUUCGCAGUCUAUGAGCGCACGUUGAAGAUGAUCGACGACAAUGCGGAGAACCCGACGCUGAAGUCCGUUUUCUAUGCUGGAGCUGUCGGUGGGUUCUGGCAGACCGUUCCACUUGCCCCUGCAGAGCUCAUCAAAUGCCGACUUCAGGUGCAAGAUGGACGCAGAAGUAGCCAAUACCGAGGACCGAUGGACUGUAUCCGGCAUAUUUUCAAAGCCAGAGGCACACCCGGACUCUUCCUCGGCUUCACAUGCACGCUGUGGCGUGAGGUGCCGUCGUUCGCCGUCUACUUUUGGCUGUACGAAUACACCAAGCGCACGAUGAUCGACGGUAACAUCAGCCCCACCACCUCCAUGCUCACAGCGGGUGGUGUUGCUGGUGUUGCUUCCUGGGUGGUUUCCUAUCCUUUUGAUGUGAUCAAGUCUGCGAUCCAGACGCUUCCAGUCAACCACAAGCCAGGAGAGCACAAAAUCGCUUACCAGGCCCGUCAGCUCUAUCGUAUCGGUGGUUGGCGAAUCUUCUUCAGCGGAUUGGGCACUGCUUGUUUGCGAGCAUUUCCCAGCAACGCAGUGACUUUCUACGCCUACGAGAAAUCUUCCGACCUGCUUAAGAACGCGAUACGAGACUGAGCCUUUACAGCUCUUAGAAACCCGCACGUUACCUAUAGACUCAACUUCAACGUAGUUGGCCAAUCAGAUUCACUCUAUGUGGUUUACAUCACUCAUUUCACGUCAUUAUCUCGUCGGAAUCCUAUGACUGCAUCAUCAACG